CGCAUCUUCGAUAGUGCAUGCUUUAAUUUCAGUCACACAUAAGUUUUUGUUUCGUCCAGUAAAUUAAACAGCAUCUCGGAAAGAUCAUAUUUUGAUUCCAGUUAUUCAGAAUUUUGUGUUUGGUUCAGUCAAUUCAAUAGCAUCUCCUGAUUGUGUAUGCCUUGCUUUUAUUUCAGUCAUUCCAAAGUUUUAGUUUCGUUCGAUUAAUUCGAAUACAUAGUAGGAAGAUAACAUUAAGAGCAAAAUGGGAAAAUCUUCGCGAAUGUUUGUCCAUAAGCGGGAUGGACGCAAAGAAGAAGUUCACUUCGAUAAAAUAACGUCUCGAAUUCAGAAGUUGUGCUAUGGCCUUAACAUGGACUUUGUGGAUCCGGUUUCAAUCACAUUACAAGUGAUCAAUGGGCUCUAUACAGGUGUUACAACUCAAGAACUCGAUACAUUGGCUGCUGAAACAGCUGCGACAAUGACUACCGAUCAUGCCGACUAUGCUGUGCUCGCGGCCCGCAUCACUGUUUCUAAUUUACAUAAAGAGACAAAGAAGUCGUUUUCAGAUGUCAUAACGGAUUUGUACAACUUGGAAAGAGAUGGUCGUCGCACACCGAUGAUUAGCAAUUCCAUCUACGACAUUGUUAUGAAGCAUGCGAACCGCUUGAAUUCAGCCAUCAUAUACGAUCGGGAUUUUAAUUAUAAUUAUUUUGGUUUCAAAACGCUCGAGCGUUCUUAUUUGUUGCGCAUCAAUGGGAAAAUUGUUGAGCGUCCACAGCACAUGUUGAUGAGAACAGCUGUUGGAAUACAUGGUGAUGAUAUAGACAGUGCCAUCGAAACUUACAAUCUGUUAUCAGAGAAAUACUUUACACAUGCAUCGCCGACGUUGUUUGCCGCUGGAACGCCGCGACCACAGCUCAGUUCUUGUUUUUUGCUCUCCAUGACCGAUGAUAGUAUAAGUGGUAUUUAUGAAACUGUGUCUCGUUGUGCCAAGAUAUCAAAGCACGCUGGAGGUAUUGGUCUCAGUAUUCAUAAUAUACGAGCUAAAGGAACCCAUAUUGCUGGAACAAAUGGUGUGUCAAAUGGUAUUGUCCCAAUGCUUCGCGUCUAUAAUGCAACGGCGCGAUAUGUCGACCAGGGCGGGAAUAAAAGACCGGGUGCGUUUGCCUGCUACCUAGAACCGUGGCAUGCGGAUAUAUUUGACUUUUUGAAUUUGCGCAAAAAUACAGGUCACGAGGACGAGCGUUGUCGCGAUUUGUUCUUGGCUUUGUGGAUUCCGGAUUUAUUUAUGAAACGUGUUGAAGCUGAUGAAAUGUGGAGUUUGAUGUGUCCACACAAAUCUCCCAAUUUGUACACGGUGUGGGGUGUAGAGUUUGAAACGCUUUAUACGAAAUAUGAGAGUGAAGGUCGAUAUGAUCGCCAAGUCAAGGCUCGUGAUCUUUGGUUCCAUAUAGUACAGUCACAAGUUGAGACCGGUACGCCUUAUAUGUUGUAUAAGGAUGCAUGUAACCGUAAGAGCAAUCAACAGAAUUUAGGGACAAUUCGAUGUAGCAAUUUGUGCACGGAAAUCGUCGAAUAUACCGAUACCGAUGAAAUUGCCGUUUGUAACUUGGCUUCGAUCGCUGUCAACAUGUUUGUCAAACCUGAUAAAACUUAUGAUUUUCCAAAGCUUAAGGAAAUCGUGAAGGUGGUCACACGUAAUUUGAACAAGAUCAUUGACGUAAAUUAUUAUCCUUUGCCUGAAGCCGAAAAAUCAAAUAAACGCCAUCGGCCAGUUGGUAUUGGGAUUCAGGGUUUGGCUGACGCCUUCAUUUUGAUGCGUUUUCCAUACGAAAGCGAAGAAGCAGCCAAAUUGAAUCAACAGAUUUUUGAAACUAUUUACUAUGGUGCUUUGGAAGCAAGUUGCGAAUUGGCCGAAAAGUACGGGCCAUACGAAACAUACCAAGGAUCACCGGUUAGCAAAGGCAUCCUGCAAUAUGACAUGUGGGACAAGACACCAACCGAUUUAUGGGAUUGGAACGCAUUGAAACAGAAGAUUGCUUCACAUGGCGUUCGUAACAGUCUGCUUCUGGCUCCAAUGCCUACGGCUUCAACAGCUCAAAUUCUUGGCAACAACGAAUCGUUCGAGCCAUACACAUCGAAUAUCUACAAUCGGCGUGUAUUGUCCGGCGAAUUUCAGGUGGUAAAUCAUCAUUUGAUCAAGGACUUAACCGAAAUCGGUAUGUGGGAUGAUGAUAUGAAAAACGAAAUCAUUGCGGACUACGGAUCGAUUCAGAACAUCACUCGAAUUCCUCAGGAAAUCCGCGAUUUGUAUAAAACCGUUUGGGAAAUUUCGGUCAAGACAACAAUGAACAUGGCCGCCGAUCGUGGUGCUUUCAUUGAUCAAAGUCAAUCAUUUAACAUUCACGUGGCCCAGCCGACGUAUGCAAAAAUGUCUUCAAUCCACUUUUAUGCAUGGAAGCUUGGUUUGAAAACGGGAAUGUAUUAUUUAAGAACCCGACCAGCAGCCAACCCAAUCCAGUUUACCGUUGACAAGAAACGUUUGGCCGCCUCACGUGCGCUCAACACCAAAGUAAAUGGAAGUACGAACGAUCAGUCGAAAAAUGACCAAAGUAUCGAUGUAGACAACAAAAUUAACACAACAACUGCUGAAGAUUUACAGGCACAGAUGGCUGGACUUGUCUGCUCACUCGACAAUAAGGAUGACUGCAUGAUGUGCGGCGCCUAAAUUACUAUUACCACUAUUACAACUACCAUUAUUCUCUUUUGCAUUUUUGCAUCAAUUAUUCUCAUACAUUUUUCUUAUUCUAUAACGAAAUAUAUUCUCGAAAUUAAUGUUUCAAAAAAAUUAUUACAAUUUGAAAUCUGUAUACAUAUAUCGUUGUUUUCAUCAACUUCACAACAAAGUACAUUCAAAGUAUGACAUGAAGUUGGCUUAAUAUGGGCUGAAGAAAUCAGAAAAAUCCCAUAACAUGGGAUUUUUUUUUUGACAUUUGCAACCUUCAAGUCUAUAAAUAUAAUACAGUAUAAUUGCAA